AUGGAUGAACAACAAUGUAAUGAUUCACUAUUGAACAGUAAAAUAAUAAUAUCCGAUAUCAAACAAAAUACUAGUGCCAAUAUUAUGUCUACUAAUGAACUUGUAUCACCAACAAAAUCCGAUUCAUUAAAAAAAUUAUCAUUUUCAAUUGACAGUAUACUAGAAAAAAAUGAUACAAUGAUUGAUCCAUUAUCAAAAACAAAUGCCAUUCUUCAUACAUUAAAUAAUAACAAUUAUAAAUUAAUUAAAAACAAUUCAAAUUGUUCAAAACGUCUACUAUCAUUAACAAAUGGACGUCAAAAAUUAAUAAAUGAAAAUCAACCGAGAUUACCAUCUGAUUUAGGUUUACAUCUUGUUAGAGACAGUAAAGAAAUAGAUAGUAAAAAUUAUCUGAAAUCAACUUAUCCUAAUGAUGGAAUUUCUUUAUCUCAAACGUCAAAUGAAGUUAGUCUAUUAAUUCCAUCAUAUCAUCAUCAUCAUCAAAAAACUGAACAAAGUCCUAAAAUUAAGAAUUUACGAUCAUCCGUGGAUGCACAAACAUCUGAUUGUCACACAUCGUCAGAUGAAAUCGAUGAAAGUUUAGACGAUGAUUAUUCAAAAGAUUCAGAUGAUGUCGAGUAUUCGUUAUCAUCUCGACAGUAUCCACUCGACAGUAUUCAGAGUCAUGGUAAUAAUUAUCAUUCCGAUAGACACGAUAUACACGAAAUGAUGCAUCGUAAAAAGAAAACACGUACAGUCUUUUCUCGAUCACAAAUAUUUCAAUUAGAAGCUACAUUUGAUAUGAAACGUUAUUUAUCUAGUGCUGAUCGUGCAAAUCUCGCUCAAGCUUUACAUCUAACCGAACAACAAGUUAAAAUAUGGUUUCAAAAUCGUCGUAAUAAACUGAAAAGACAAAUUGUUGAAGCUAGUCAAUCUGUUAAUGCUGUAAGUGCCGUAUUACAAAAUGCCGUUUCACAAAAUACUCCAACACCCGUCAUAUCAUCUGUUUCAGCUAAUCAAAAUGGAAGCAUCAAACGUCCAUUACCAGUCACACCUACCGAUAUUUUAAAUUCAAAGUUAGGCGGUCAUCGUUUUGAAUCGUUUUUAUAUUCACCAACAUCAGCAUUUUUUGAUCAACUUGCAGCUAGUGCAGCAGCAGCUGCUGUUGCACAAAAUUUAGGAAAAAGUGCAGGAACAUUAUCAGGACAUGAUUCAUCUUCUUCUUCGAAUGGACAUUCAGGAUCGUCAGGUUAUUCAUUUCAAGAUUUUUAUGUCAAUGGUAUAACGCAUGUAGCUUAG